GCGUGAAGCCUGGUCAAAUUGAGCACACAUCAUCACAGGGUCUCAGCUUGGGAGAAGUUCAACGAAGUUCAUUAUAUAUUAAUUAUGUUGAUGUAUGAUCUGCUUCGAGAGUAUGUCUUGAACCCAGAGUCAACUAGAAUAGAUGAAGUUGGCUUUACGCUUGGUCAAAUGGGUUACCUGUUUAGCAAUGCCCUGGGGGCAAUCUUCCGGCCAUCUGCGAAUGAUGAGAUGGUCGAUGAACUGGUGGAGAGGAACGAACUGAUAGAUCAACUGCAGUCGAGCCUUCUGCCUUCGAUCAAAGACUGCAUCGCUUCUCUCUUGCUCUCUAUCGGCUUGCAAGAUUCAGGCAGCCAACCAAAGCCCAAUCUUGAUCUGGUGUCCGAAGCCACAGCAAAGAUUGAUGAAACCCUGUGGAGGACAACGGCUGCUGUCGAGUCUGUUUCUGCUCCGUUCGAAGGAAGAUUCACCCAUGAGCGGAACUUGGGACGAUGUAAAGACUUCAGAUCUCUGCGAUUGCACCGGAAAGUUCGGAUGAUCAUCAUCCACAACCUCUGUCGACUGUUCGAAAGCGGUGCGGAAUCGAUGCGUUUCUGGGAGCUGUCACGCAAGCAUCCGGAGAACUUGGAGUAUCCGAAGGAGAUGUCCGAAUGGGUCGAGCAAACACACAUGUUUGCCAAUAGGUCAUGCCGCUUGAUCGAUCAGACAAUCGAAUCGCUCCAACAAACCGACUUGGCCAUUCUACAAGAGGAAUGGCUGGAAGCUCAAGACUCGAUCAAUGGCGCAUUGGAAGAUCUAACGAAGCUGGCGGUGAGUCCCAGGAUCGAAGGGACGGCAAUCAAUGGGCCAGAGAGACGAAUUAGCUGGACCCCCAGAGAACACAUUGCUCAAGUUGCUAGAUUGACAAUCCCAAUCCUCAAACUGACACGAAUUUUUUUGAAUAAAAUAUCCAAUACGACUCCCAAGAAAGCGAUCUUCAGAUUAGAUCCAGAGAUCGACUCAGAGUCUUUGAAGCAGUUGAGUGAAGUUGAUGAGCAUAUUCCACCUAUCCGAAAUCACUUCAAGCCUUGGUUUCUCGAUUUACAAUCUCAAUAUCGCAAGGCGGUCGAUCGCAUGCUAGAUGCUCUUUGCGACCCUCAUGAACAUCCUGGCUUUGAUUCCGAUCCCGAAUAG